AUGGACAAAACCUCCAAAGGCACCACAGACGGGAUUUGCAUUAUCCACUACCGGCAGUCAAAGAGUUUACAAACACCUUGCACCCAAACCAAAGGAAAUCUCUGGGACUGGAACCAGAUUUCCAAAAGCGCCAGGCCAAGCUCAAAGCAACCGGAGAAAAAGAAGCGAAACAUCGGAAAAAUCAUCGAUGACUACGAGCCGUUGUUGCCAUCAGACAGUGAGGACGAAACACCCAAACUAAAGGAAAUCGAUUGGACUCAAACCGGGCUUCCGAAACCAAUUGGAACCAGCCGCCGCGCAUACCACGCAUUGGUGCUAGAACGCUACGGCGCCUGGAUCCGGAAGACUGCCCUCCCCAAGAUGCCUUAUAAGGCAAACAAAUACUGUAACACGUUCAACACAAGUACAGCUAUUGAAAUCCAGGCAAACCUGUUCAGCCAUCAAUGGAAGCCAGGCACGCUUUCGCUACAGCCAUGCGGGAAGGCACGGUUAAAGACAACCAUUCAGCGGUCUAUCCAUGGGGGUUACGGAGCACCCUCGACAAGCCCUUCAGCGAGAUAA